UCUUGGCAUUUAGGGUUCUUGAUAUAUAUAUAAAUCUCCUUCUUCUCUUCACAGCGUCUAGGUAUCGCCGACGAGUUAACUGGUAACAAAGAUCUCACAAUGGAGCAAACUUUCAUCAUGAUCAAGCCCGACGGCGUCCAGAGGGGCCUGAUCGGUGAAAUCAUCUGCAGAUUCGAAAAGAAGGGUUUCACUUUGAAAGGUCUAAAGAUGAUCACUGUGGACCGUUCUUUUGCUGAGAAACACUACCAAGACUUGUCUGCCAAGCCAUUCUUCAACGGCCUUGUUGAUUACAUUAUCUCUGGACCAGUCGUUGCUAUGAUCUGGGAGGGAAAGAAUGUUGUCUUGACAGGAAGGAAGAUUAUUGGAGCGACCAACCCUGCUGCUUCUGAACCAGGAACCAUCCGUGGGGAUUAUUCUAUUGACAUUGGUAGGAACGUGAUCCAUGGGAGUGACUCUGUGGAGAGUGCUAACAAGGAAGCUGCGUUGUGGUUCCCUGACGGACCUGUGAACUGGCAGAGCAGCCUUCAUUCUUGGAUCUACGAAUGAUUCUAUCUCGUGUGGUUGUUUUGUUACCCUUUUUUUUCUUCCUUUGGUUAUGAAACUCAAACAUGAUUCUGGCUUUGUUGCUUCUGCCUUCUUCUUUCAUGGUAAUCUAAGAAGACCGAUCUUGCAUCUUCGUUUUGAA